AUGUAAAAAAUCUAGUCAGCUAUUUCUUCAGUUUAAGAAGACCCCUAUAAUAAUAAUAACUUUAAACAUGCCAGUUCUAUUGAAAUUGGUAAUCAUAAACCAUAAGAUCAAAAUUUAUUAAGAAUGAGCUUAAUGGCCUCUGUAAAUAUAAGGCAAAUACAAAUGCAACAAAUAAAUUAAUAGGCUGUUUAAACGUAAGAAAUAAUUGAAGAAGCUGAUUUUGAAGGAAUGCAAAAUAUUGAUUAUAGAUUAGCUUAAUCUGUAAUAAGUUAAAAUGCUGAAAGUGAAACAAAUGAAGCUGAUAUAGCUCAAUAAUCCAAAAUUUUAUAAUCUGGACUAUUAUAAUGUAAAUAACCUGAUUCUUAUUCUGGUUGGAUUUAAAAGAAAAGUAAAUCUCUAUUUUCAUCCUAUAAAAAUAAAUUUUGUGUCUUUCAUGAUGGUAUCCUAUGCAUCUAUGAAAAUGAAGAAAGAAAAAGAGCAAAGGUAGUCUUGAAUUUUCAUUUGUUCAAUUUUAAAUACUUUUCCAAUAAACAAAACAAUAUCGUAACAGAGUUUGGUUUAAAAUGUGAAGAUAAUGAGAAUGUAUUUUAGUUUAAAGGUGAAUUUGCUAAUGAUUGGUUCAAUGUUAUUAAGAAUUGUAUAGAUACUUAUCGUUAGCAUCCAAAGUUGUAAUACUAUAUACGUCCAUUUGAAGACUAUUAUAAAAAGAGAUUAAUUCAUAAUUAACAAUUUUUAGAAAUGGCUUAAACAGGAGAUAUAUUACUCUUUUAAGGUAAACAUAUCUCAUGUAAAGCUUAAAGAAUGGUUACUAGAUCAUAAUAUGGUAAUUUUAUUAGAUAAUAAAAUAAGAUCAUGUUGCCAUGAUUUUGAAAUAUACAAAUGGAUAUAUUUAUGUUUUAGAGGCAACAGGAACUUUUGGUGUUGGAAUUUUUGAAUGGAAACAUAUGAUAGGAAAAUAAUGGUAUGAAUUAUAUAAUAAGUAUAAUUUUUAUGAAUUUAAUUUAGAGUAGUAUAUCGUUAACUUGAAAUGUAAAGAACUACAGAUUUUUUAUAAAAAAUGGAAUAGUUUACAAGAGAUAAUAUUGGAAAAGCUUACUCUUUAACAGUAAAAAAAUUAAUAACAGAUAAAUCUGUAAUGAUUGCAUCAUCUGAGAAAAAUACUUAUUUUUGUUCUUAAUUAAUAGCUUAAGCAUAUAAAAAAACAGGAAUUUUAUAAACAGAACUAUCAGCUACUUAAUUUUGGCCAGGAUCCUUUUCAAAUGAGAAAUAAGACUUAAUUUUAACUAAUGCUAAAUUAUCUGAUGAAUAUUUAAUUGGAUUUAAUAUGUGA